AUGUCCAGUAGACCUUUCUUUGAGGAGACACUCCUACAUAGUGUCAUGAUCAGGCUGUUGAGCUUGAUAGGGGGAACGACGCUGCUGCUGUCAACAUGGCAGCGGAGCUUGGUGCUCUUCUGUACUAGCCUUUUGAUCCAGGGCGCAGCGUAUCAGUUCCGUUUCGUCAACGACAGCUUCGAGGCCAUGGAGACCAAGGACGAUGACAAGAAGAUUCCCACCUUUGACGGCCGUCUCGAUACAUACAGAGAAUAUCGUCGACGAGCUCUUUUUUACUAUCACGGCCUCGAGGAUUCCAAACAGAGCUUGGCCGCUCCACGACUGAUUUCGGUUCUUUCUGGUUCGGCGUUCGAAUGUUUUCGCGAGAGAGAUCCCGGAGAUUUCCGAAAUACAGGUGGCGUGAAGGCCAUGUUAGACAUCCUUGAUGCCCGAUAUCAGUACACACCUGAACAAGAACUGUCAGAGUGGCUUGAAACUCUGCUCUACAAGUUACGUCGGCAGCAAGGUGAGGAGACCACAGCCUUCACAACCCGUUUCGAAACCACCGUGGCUAAGGCAGAGGAACUUAUGACUGAGGAGUUGAAGCUGGAGAGAAGGCGUCAUCAAGAUAUGAUCCGAGCCGAGUACAGACGCCAGAGUUUAGAUUUCAUUGUGGCGCAACAAGCACAUCAAGCGGCAUUGGCGGGACUCGGUGAUGGACAAGAUCCCCCUCCAGCUCCAGUUCCUCCGACCCCUCCUUCUGAACAGGCUCCCGUGGUUCCGUUUCGGAUGCCGGAGGUGAUGAAGGGUUUCCUGUAUCUGCGCCAUGUGGGCAUCACCCUUCAAACAAGAGCAAGCUUACUUCGAUCAGCAGGCGGUUCACUUCGUUACGAAAAGGUCUCUGAGCUACUUCGUCGGACGGAGUUGGAUGCCCUCGUCGCUUCCCGCGGAACCAAGGACCCCGCGGAGGCUUCGGUCGGCAAGGGCGGCUCGGGUAAGAAAGGCAAGGGACGGGACACACGAGGUCGUCCCUGGCGUGAGGGUCGCUCGGGCCGCGGUGAUUUCCAGUGGCGAUCCGGUCAUGCUUCCUCUUCGGCUUCUAGGUCACAGAGUCAUUCGAGAGGCAAGGCCAACACUGGGAAGAAACCAAAGGGGCAAGGACGAAAGCCCAAGGGAGCAGGAAAGAGGAGUUACGAAGGCCGCAGAGGAGAUCCCAAUGGUGCACAGUACCUGGGUUGGGCGGCUCAAGCUCCUUCCUCAUCGGAUAUUCCUCCCAGCAGUGCUUUGCCGGCGGAGUUCAAGCCCGAGUUCAGCUUUAUGGCAUUCCCACGUCCCUCACACGGCAUUUCAGAAUUGGAGGUGGAGCGUUGCCUCAUGUGGGAUAGGCGCCGAUCAGGCCAUGCUAUCGUAGAUACGGGUUGCACCUCUACGUUGGUAGGCUCUGAGAGUGAGAAACGCUGGAAUGAGGAGUUGCAGAAACAGUCUGGAGGAAGUUUAAAGGCCGAGCGUGGUCCAUCGGAUGUGAAGUUUGAGGGCAUCAAUGGGGAAGCACGGGCCACGUAUCAGGUAAAGUAUCCUGUGAGGAUAGGUGGCCGUGACGGUUUCGUUCAGGCUUCCGUGAUUCCGGGUAAAGCCCCAUUUCUGUUGUCCAUCCAGGCGCUCCGGCAGAUGCGGGCUAAACUUGAUUGUGAGGCGGAUCUUCUAGAGAUACCGGGGAUUGGUCGGAUCAAGCUUUCCGUGAACUCGGUAGGCCAUUAUCUUCUGCCGUUGUUUGAUUUCCACAAUCGGCCUAGCCCGCCUCCGGGUUUGGAACAGGGCCUGUCCGCUGCAACUGAGGCUAAGGUCGAUGGGCCGGAGGAUGAAAAUGAGCAAGAGGCAGAUUCAAGGUUGGCAAAGGACACAAAAGGGCCCUGGAUUCAACUUCCAAAAGAACUUGCAGCGGUCCACUUAGAUUGGACGGAGUGUGCCAAGUGCGCCGGUGAACCACUCGCGAUUGAUGCCUCGGAUGCCCGAUUGUUCCUGUUUGUGUUUGCAACCAAGCCACAGGUGUUGAUGGCGCAUCAUGUGCAUGAAACUUCUGAUGCUGAUAUGCAUGUGAGAGUGAUGAGCGAGUGCCAGUGUGUGAUCAAGGAGGCGACCACACCACCGGCAUACGCCCAUGUGGGCAGUCAUCUGGUGGAGACCUUCUCCAACGGGUAUGGUCAAACAUGGCACUGUGCAAUAUGCCGCGGCAAAUGCAAGAUUUGUCGGGGCCGAGUGGCGAAAUGGGUGCGGUCCAGCGGACAGUUGACUUACACCCAUCGUCGGGAUUGCGAGUGCACUAUGAUUCCAGGUCCCACGGUAUCUAUGCAGAUGUCUCCACUCGUCACAGGCGAUCACAUCCGCGUCGCCGACGCCGAAAUCCAUCUCCCGAAAAGCAAGAGCAUUCCAUAUCCAUUCGACAUUCGCAAAAUCACGAUGCAAAAGCAGGAUGUCCACCCGAAGGCGCUGCCAGCAUCAGCAAUGGCAGCACCGGAGUGGAAUACUACACGAUCCACGGACAAUGUGGAAGCGAUUCCGAGGGUCAGGGCGACGAUGACGACCGAUCAAGUUCAAGCUUUGCGUGCCGAGGUACCGUCAUCAACAAUGGCAUCGACAGCGAUGCCCGGUGCGAAAUCCUCAGCUCCAUCGCCAGCCCCAGCACCGGACCUCAAGGUUGUGUUGGAUGCAGUCAAGACGAUGAUGCAUCACGAGUAUGGUGUGCAACCUACGGUGGUUGCCGAUGUUCCUAUGGAGAAGUCGUUGAUCGAGCAGGCGGUAGAGCUGGAGGGUCAAGCCGCCGAGCUUCUCGCAAGGGCAGCCUGGCUCAGACGGCAAGCUGGACUGUCGGGAGCUCCGUCGGUGAAUCCGGUGCCGCCGCGAGUGGAUUCCAUGACCUCGGGGGCGAUGUCAUCAACGGUGCCUUCGGUUGCGCGGAUGCCGGUGCCACCGGGGAUGAGCGGUUCAGAGAGCGGCAGCCUAGCAUAUCAAAGGGUUCCCAACGAUCCCGACUUUUCGGAUGGUUGGGAGCAGCCUUUUCACGCCGAGCCACAGGAAGAGGGUGCCUACUUAGGUACAUCAUGGCCUAGGCUAUCGCCUGAGGUUGGUGUUGAUAUUCCCGUAGAACCUGGUUUGCAGCUACCGGGGGCGUGGAAGGCGACGGGGCCACUUGAUAUGAACAAGCGGGCUACGAGAGCACAACUCAGGACGUGGCUGAGUGCUCAAGCAUGGAAAAUCGACCGAGGUUCAACUGUAGGUCUCAUUGAGGUCUAUGCCGGUCGGGGUCAUUUGAGCGAUGCCCAUGAGCAGUUGUGCGAAGGCUCGGAAGCCAUUCGCUUGGGUUACAUGUAUGGUCAAGAGUUGCGAUCACCAGAAGGUCAAUGGUUCACGCUGUCCCUCAUCGAUCUGUGUAAACCUAGAGACGUUUACGUAUCGUUACCAUCCAAGAGUUGGUGUAGGUGGUCUAGCAUUAACGAGCGGCGAGAGCCCGGAGCUAGGUUAAGGGUCUUGCGGGACAGAUUGGAGGGCAGGAAGGACAUGGACCUUUUGUUUCAAAUCGUUGAUCGGCAGUCGCGAGGGCACCGCCAUGCACAUGCACAAAACCCGCAAACUUCCGUGGCCUGGUUAGAUAAAAGGUUUGGUGAGUUGAAGGUGCCACAUGGUUUUGUGACUUUUGAUGGGUGUGCUCUCGGACUCCGUCAUCCCAGGAGUAACCGUCCGAUCCGAAAGACCACCACGCUCUUCACGACAGCACGCGCUCUCGCUGAGCACAUUUCUCAGUUCAGAUGUAGCUGCGACUGUCAGCAUGAUCGAGCCGUGGGGAGCUUUCGGGGCAGAUCGGUUACCACCUGGAGUGAGGAGUAUUCGAAAGGUCUCGCUGAAGCCCUGAUUCAGGGAAUGAGGCCAGGCCUAGUGGAGCAAGCCAGUUUCCUUGCACCACUGCACUACGAUGAGCACGUUCAGUCGAACCCUGUGGAGCAAUGCUAUGUAGGUCAAGAUGGUAUUGUUCAUAGGGCGUAUCCGGUAGAUUCCCAGUCUGUUGAGUCUCCGAUCCCACCACCGGCUGUUUCACCACCGGUGUCUUCGGAGGCCUCAAGUGCCGACAAGCCGGCUACCGUGUUCAAGGUUACAGACACUGAAAUGUCCAAACAGCUGACGCUUCUGCAGUUCCCAGGCCGUUAUUCCAAACUCGAUUUGCCUUUGCAAGUGCAAACACAGCUGCAGAAGUGGUCUGGCUUGGAUGUGCACACGGUGGUCACGUCCAGAGGUCUAAAGUGUUUCGUGAAUCCUCCGGUGGGUGUUGUAUCGACUCGCCGAACCACGCUUGUACGAAGCGGGGGCGUUUGGUACUUUGUAGAAUAUAAUCACGAACUCGGUUUGAGCAAGAAGAAGUUUCGCGUGCCACUUAAUGCCAACUUAGUUGUCAGCUUCUUCGGUGAUGUGCCAGCGCCUUCGCAGCCUCACAUUCCUGCAGAAUCACAACCCAAAGAGCGUCCAAUUCCAGGUGCACCUCCCUCGUUUGCUGAUGCCCGGAAGGUCCACGAAUACCUGAAUAGAUUACACGUUGGACUCUCACAUCCCGGGCGGUCCGAGUUCAUCCAACAUCUACGCGACGCGGGAGCUGCACCAUGGCUGCUACAGCAAGCUUCACGGUUUCAUUGUGCCGUUUGUGAUGCUCUCAAGCCUCCACAACCACACAACGUCGUUGGAGGACCUAAACCCCGCUCGUUUAACAGCAUUCUGAGCAUUGAUACCUUGGAUUUAACAUUGAUCCGCGACGCUGUGCAGCAUCGCGUGUUCUUGCUCACUGCCAUUGAUACGGCAACAUCGUUUGCUCGCGUAUUCUAUCUGUCCUCCGGUGACGCGGAGGCCGCCGUGCAGUCUCUCAGGCGGGGGUGGAUAGACAGUUACGGCGCGCCCGAAUACAUCUAUGCAGACCCUGACACCAUCUUUCGUUCCGAGACUUUUGCUGCUUUCCUCACUAGGCACGCCAUUGUUGAGAGACUGUCGGCAGCCCAAGCCCCGUUUCAGCAUGGUCAGAUCGAGCGUCUACAUCGUACGAUCCGGCAACAAGCCCAACGGGUAUUCGAGAGUGAGCCAACUUGUAGCGCGUAUGAAGCCGCGGUAGAGGUAGUCCAAGCUAGAAACGAACUAAUGCGGGUUGAAGGAGUGUCGCCGGCAGUACUCGUGUUUGGCAAGCUUCCGAAAGCACCGCCCACGUUCGCAGAAGGAGACGAAGAUUUCCGACUUUUAGCCGAGCGGUUGCAAGGAAGUGAUCCGUUAUACGAAGUUAUGAUGCUCAGGCGAGUGGCAGCUCGCACGGCGUGGGUACAAUCCGAGGUCAGAGAUCGCACCUCCCGAAUUAUGACGACUAGGUCUAGGCCCUACAAGGGACCUUACUACCCAGGUCAAGUGGUUUUAGUGUAUCGUCGUAGAAAGGGAGAUGCGGCCAAUCCAGGCAGACACGGCGUGUGGUUGGGACCGGGCGAAGUCAUUGCUGUAGAAAGUACCAAUGAUCGUUUGGUUCCAAGGGUAGUAUACGUCACUGUGCAUGGCCGGCUUUUCUUGUGCAGUCCUGACCAAUUACGCCCGGUCUCCGUGAAGGCGGAAUGGGUCAUGCAGAAGCUCCAGGAAGAAGGUCUAGCCAAGCAGCGUAAUUUUAGUGAGAUGCGAAAGGUUCGGGGAAUAGACGUGAGAAAUGAAAGGCCCAGCUCCGCGGAAUUGGAAUUGGAAUAUGAGCAACCUGAGUCAACUGUAGUUUUAGGGGACCUCCAGGGUGAGGCCGAAUAUGAUCCCUAUCCUCAGGCCCCUCCUACUGCACCUGGAACUCCCGUACCAGGUACACCAGUGCCUGCUACACCACGUUUAGGACCUGUACGUUCAGCCGAACAGCCGCCAGAGCCCGUUCAGGUUCCUGACGCUUCCAGCACGGGAGUGCCAACCUUAGCAGUGCCAGAAGACACACCAACACCACCGGGUGGUGAACCAAGCGGGGGGGAAUCGCUGGUGGGGGAUAGGGGCACUAAGCGCGUAUCUGAGUUUCAUCGAGCCGUUGAAGAAAUGUCAAGGGAUCGGUCUGUGCACGGUCCGCCUUCAACUGCUGAGGUAGCACCACUGCGCGGGACCACAGUCCCACCUACUGUUCGUACGGGUUUAGAGUCGGAGCCGCGACCACGCAGUAGGUCACCACCACCUCGAGAAGGGAGCUUCUUGUCGUUUUCUGACUUUGACGGCAUGCCUUCGGAUCACUCUUUGGAGGCGUGGUUUUCAGAAUCUCAAGAGCACGAUUACGAAGCGACUUCCGUAGGAUUGGAGUUCGAUGUAUGGCUAGAUGAAAUUCAAGAUGAAAUGUCGGUCUGUUACUUAGUCCGUGAGAUGGCUCUCAAUGCAUCCAUGGCUCGCAAGCGGGCGGUGGAAGUCUCUGAGCGCCACCUCACAGCUCAGGAGAAGGCCAUGUUCCGAGCAGCCAAGGCUGCGGAAUGGUCACAAUGGGUCGGUAACGACGUCGUCGAACUCAUAAGUAGGCACGGUGUAGAUCCUAGGAGAGUUAUCGCUUCACGCUGGGUGUUGACUUGGAAGUCAGUACCAGGGGAAGUGUAUCAAGGUCCUGGGGGAGCCAAGGCCAAGGCACGACUAGUCAUCAGAGGCUUCAGGGAUCCCGAUUUAGGUCAGUUUAGUACGGCUAGUCCCACUUUGUCGCGGCAAGGACGUCAUGCAAUCUUCACGCUAGCUAGUCACUACCAAUUUCGGGUGUUUACUCUAGAUGCUAAGACUGCUUUUCUCGCAGGUGACCAAACCUCAAGAACGAAGCCAAUAUACACCGAACUACCCAAAGAUCUUGUUGAGGAACUGGGUUUAGGAGCCGAUGUCAUCGCAAGGAUCAAGAAAGUACCUUACGGCUUAAGCGAGGCCCCUUUAGCUUGGUACAGACGACUAACUGCGGAGUUAGAGAAGUGUGGUUUCGAACAGGUUCCGGCAGAUCGUUGCGUGUAUGUGCUUCGUCGAGAGGGUCAGAUAUUGGGAAUUGUUGGUGCCCAUGUUGAUGACCUGUUAGUUGCUGGGUGUUCGUCCAGUGUUGACCCUAGGUUUGAAGAGGCUAUGGCUAAGCUCGUGGCGCGACUUCCGUUCGGAGAGCGUAAGUACGCAGACAUGGCGCCUGUCCUCUACACAGGUCUGAACGUUAAACAACAUCCACAAACACGUGCCAUAACCAUUGAUCAAGCGCACUACGUAGCAAAACUGAAGGUACUUCCUACUCGCAAGCUGUCCGAAGGUCUCUUAGACAGGCAAGGUCAGACACAGUUUUGGUCUCAGCUUGGUGCUUUGCUGUGGGUUGCAGUUAACACACGUCCAGACGUAGCCUACGACGUUUCACACUUUGCCUCGUAUGGUUCUCGUCCCGAGAAGCAGCACCUUGUUUCCUUGAAUAAGAUAGUUAGGACCCUUCAAGCACGUGAUUACAGCAUUACCUUUGCCAAGGUAGCAGAACAUUGGGAUGACCUUACUCUCGUAGUGUUUUCUGACGCAGGCCACACUUCGCGGCCCUCUGGCCAUUCUCAGUCCGGUACGGUUGCGUUUUGGGCUCCUAAAGAAGUGCUGGCCGGUAAGGAGGUUCGGGCUGUGCUAGCUGAUUACUCCAGUUGCAAGAUAGAUAGGGCCGUGUGGUCAAGCUACGCGUCAGAGUUGCAAGCUGCGACUAUCUCAACAGAUGCUUCCAUCAAUCUGAUGUUGCUUUACGAGCAAGUGUUUUACGGUCUGAAGGCAAGACAGGUUAAGGAGAAACUCACUCAAGGUAGUACAGUGCGGGCUCUUGUUACUGAUAAUAAGGGUUUGUACGAUUCAAUUCAGACCGAGAAACCGUCCACUAGGCAAGGAGUGAAGAUGCAGUCCCUUGUGUACCAGAUUCUCUACGACCUGGUAGUUGACUAUGGGUUCCAGACUUUCUGGGUUAAUGGGUCGCAUAUGUUGGCAGACGGUUUGACAAAGCUUAGUUCCUCUGGUGCACAAGUCGAUGCAAUCCGCAAGGUUCUCGAAGACUCACUCAUUCGAAUCACUUACUGUGAAGUUUCUGGACGGAAGGAGCAACAUGAAGUACGGCGUUUGCGGCCCGUAGAACCGGCAAACAGAGAGCUGGAGUCGUCAAUAGACGUUUAG